GGUUGGAAUUUACAGUUCUUUCUUUCCAUCUGUGCUCUGAAAGAAGCAAAUAAAUCCAUUGUUGGUCAAAAUCAUUUACUCAAAUUCAUUCGUGAAAAGUAUCAAGAAAUCCUGGAAAAUGGUGAAUUCAAUUGAAGUAAAUGAACAAGAGCUUCAAAUAUCAGCGAAAAUCUCAACUUUGAAUUGUAUCGAUCUCUCGAGCCCUGAUAUUCAAUCCUCUGUUUCCCGUCUAAAACAGGCUUGCUUAGACUCGGGGUUCUUCCAUUUAAUCAAUCAUGGAAUUAACGAGGAAUUUAUGGAUGAAAUUUUUGCCCAAAGCAAAAGACUUUUUGAUCUACCAAUGGAAGAAAAGAUGAAGCUUCUAAAGAAUGAAAAGCAUCGAGGCUAUACUCCUGUUCUAGAUCAACACUUGGAUCCUGUCAAUCAAAUACAUGGGGACUAUAAAGAGGGAUAUUUCAUUGGUAUUGAAGUACCAGAUGAUGAUCCUGAUGCAAAUAAGCCAUUUUAUGGGCCAAAUGUGUGGCCUCCUUCAGAUAUCUUACCUGCGUGGAGGGAAACUAUGGAGAGAUAUCACCGGGAGGCAUUAGAUGUAGCAAGAGCAGUUGCAAGGCUCAUAGCCCUUGCACUUGACCUAGAUGGUGACUUUUUUGAUCAACCAGAAAUGCUCGGAAAACCUCUUGCAACCCUGCGGCUACUGCACUAUGAAGGUCGAACUUCGGAGCCUGCAAAGGGAAUAUUCGGAGCAGGCGCUCAUUCUGAUUUUGGUUUCAUUACCCUUUUGGCAACAGAUAGUACCUUAGGUCUUCAGAUAUGUAAAGAUAAGGAUGCUAAGCCUCAAGUCUGGGAAUACGUACCACCAUUAAAGGGAGCUGGUCUCCCACCUUGACGUGGCGUCACCACAUCAGCGGUCAAGCCGUAUAUUUUGACUUUCCAAAAGAAAAAAGGUUUGACUUGCUGACGUGGCAAUACUACAUUAACAAUUGGGCAUUAUAACUUGUGCCCACCGUGGCCAAGAGAUCAUUUCUAUUCCAAAUUAUAUUUGUGGCACUUUCAGUCCGUCUCUUUGGUUGUUGCAUGGGAACUCAUCAUUUUAUACAGUUAUAUAGUGGUAAAAAGUAGCCUUUAUAUGUUCAUAUUGAAUGUUUUAUUAGGUGAUGCUACAUUGCCUCUUAUAAAAGGGAGCAAUAACCUAUUUAAGUGCAGUAUUUUACUACU